AUGGAAUGCUGCGGUUGCUACAAGACCUUCAAGUCCUUCUCCGGAGUCCUGAUCCAUCUCGAGUCUGGAGGCUGCUCAUCGAAUAUCACCGAGGAUGAUCUUGACGACUUGGCCCGCGAAUGUUACCAAAGUAGGAAGUAUAUCAAUGAUGAGCUCGAGGAUGGAGGUUGGCUUUAUACCUGCACACAUUGUGUGUCAGAAUUCUCAAAACUCUCCGCCCUUUACCAGCAUGCUGAGGAUGUUCCGUCUUGCUCAUACCUUGCCAAAGACCACGGGUGUUUAGCCAAGUUGGAACGUUUUAUAUCCCGCAACCUGGAGUAG